AUGCCACCCAAACACAUCGCAAUAGUCACGAGCAGUACUCGCCGCCCACGCCUCAACCCCACCAUCACGCAGUACAUCUAUGACGUCCUCAUGCACGACCCGACAAUUCCAACAAACCACCAGCCAAGCACAUUGAACGCGGAAACAAUUCCAAGCUCAAGCAGCGAUCCGUCCAGCUCGACAAUGGCCACGCCAGAAACAGGCUCAAUAGACACAGACCCGAAACAUAUCACAUUCACCAUCCUAGACUUAUCAAAGCAAUCCCUCCCCCUCUACAAUGAGUCCGUCAUUCCCGCAAGUCUUCCCGCAGACAACCCAACACCACACUACAGCAAAGAACACACACGCCACUGGUCCACAAUCGUCAAGCAAUAUGACGCUUUCAUCUUCGUCACCCCGCAAUAUAACUGGAGUAUACCAGCCAGUCUGAAGAAUGCACUCGACUACCUAUUCCACGAGUGGAAGGGGAAACCCGCGGGAAUUGUAUCGUAUGGAUCGCGCGGCGGGGGCAAAGCGACAGAUCAUUUGCGUAGCAUUUUGACUGGGUUGAGGAUGGAUGUUGUUGGUACGGCGCCUGGGUUGGUCGUUAAGUUUACGGGGUUACCGGUUGGUUCGCUUUCGGAAGAGGAGGAGCGGGUUGAGCUUGACGAGAGAGAUUUGGAAGGGUGGAAGGACGCGGGUGUUGAGGGGAUGAUGAGAAAUCUAGUUAUGGAGAUUGUUUGUGAGUUAGAUAAAAGGAGGUGA